UGGUUGAAAACAAAGCAGCUCACAGCGAACACAGCAUUGACAGAAAAAGCAUUUAACGAGCGUUGUGGCUUGGAAGUCGGCGUUAAACCCUUCAUUUACCCAUUUUUACUUAUUCGCAUAUCGUGUUUAAAAACGAAAAUGUAUUAUUUGCGUCAGACUCGUCUCAGUGAACUUUAAAGCUUCUCAGGCUUAGCUUAGCUUGCUAGUUAGCUUAGCCUGCGCGCUACUAAGAAAGAGACGCGGAAGUUAUCAACAACAAGAUCAAGUGUUAGUGUAUAAAAUAUUGAGAGAUUUGAGGGCUACAUGUAUUGUUUAAGUACAACUGUUCUUCGCCAGGUGUUCUUUGGCCGCCCUGGCUUACGUUUUCCCGGUGGUGUCCAUCUUAACGCUGCCUUUGGUAUCCUCUCGUUGUCCGGUUUUCGAAAAUAGCUAGCUAGGCUAUAGACUAUAUAGUAUAUACCGCAUGUUAUUUUUGUACAACAACAACUUCAGCUGUCGAACGUUAUAAGGUAAAAAUUCAACAAGUACAACAUUAGCACGGACGUAUAGCCAAGUUGUGGUUAAGAAGGUGGACUUUUGUUCCUUAUAUUUACCAGAAACGAAGUGAUCCGAACACACGACCCGGGACUUUGGGGGACUCCAGUGAGAACCGUCCUCGUUUUCCAAGCGGCGAGCCAUUUGUCUCGUCUCUCUGGGCUUUUAUCACGCUUUGGCAGAACAAAAUACAACCUUUGUGUUCCCUGUUUCCAGUUGUGGUUAGCACAACCAAAAACAACACAGUUUUUCGGCAUUUUGGAGGCAGAAUGACGGGUUUAACCAGCGUAGGUCGACAGGUUAAAGAGUAAUGGCGACGGUUUGUUUUCAACGCCAGUCUCGUUGCUAUGGCUCGAGGAACCCGUAUGUAGCUCAGUUGCCCGGAUGUCGGCCCUCACCCAUUGCAAGGUCACGUGGUUCAACCCAGCACAAUACUAAACGAAUGCUGCGUAUUAUAUUUUGUAAUAACAAAAACGUACACACAAUAUGUUUUACGUCUGCGAGAACCCAUUAAAAAUGUGUUGUAAAUUGUAAAUAUAACGUACAAUUGAAAGGGACACGCGGUAGAAAAAUGGAUGUACAGAAUGUAUGUAUUAUUGAAAACGGGUGAUCCUGUGUGUCGAAACGAGCGCACCCGACCCCGCCCACCGCGACCAAGGAGCUGCUGGUGCUGCUGCAGUGCGACAUGUGAAGACAUGAUGUGCCUCCAAUCUUUUCUUCUUUAAAUCCUGUUGUAUGUACACCAAUCCUUCUGCCGGGAUGGCGGGAGCCUGUGUCCCAGGUCCUGGGAUGACCAGCUGUGUGACCAAGGUGGCCAUCAGUGUCUCCUGUGAACAUCUGAUGGACAUGGACGUCUUUUCCAAGUCUGACCCGCAGUGUGUACUUUACAUGAGUAAUGCUGGAAGCAGCUGGGUGGAGGUUGGCCGCACAGAGAGGAUAAUGAACUGCCUCAAUCCCACAUUUUCCAAGACAUUUGUCUUGGACUAUUAUUUUGAGAUGGUGCAGAAGUUACGCUUUGAAGUGUAUGACAUUGAUGACAAUGUCACCUGCAGUCUGCAAGAUGCUGACUUCCUGGGACAACUUGAGUGCACCUUGGGGCAGAUUGUGUCUUCCAACAAUGUGAAGAAACCACUUCUCAUGAAGGACAAGAGGCCUGCAGGAGCUGCAAGCAUCACUAUCCAUGCUGAGGAAAGAACCGACAGCAGGGUGGUGCAAUUGGAGGUGGCAGGUAGACAGCUGGACAAGAAGAGCUUCUUUGGAAAGUCUGACCCUUUCUUGGAAUUCUCCAAAGAGACGGACACAGGCUGGCUGUUGGCUCACAGGACAGAGGUGGUCAAAUACAACCUCAACCCAACAUGGAAGCCUUUCCGAAUCCCACUGCAGGCACUCACUGGAGGAGAUGUGGAGAAAUCUAUAAAGGUGGAUUGUUACGACUUCAGGAGCAGUGGCUCCCACAACCUAAUCGGCUCCUUCCAGACCACACUCAGCCAGGUUCAGCAGGCGUCUCAAACAUCCGUGGCUGAGUUUGAAUGCAUCAACCGGAAGAAGAAACAGAGCAAGAAAAGCUACAAAAACUCUGGUAUUAUAAUAAUAAAACAAUGUCAGAUUGUGAAGGAGUAUACUUUCCUUGACUUCAUCUUUGGUGGCUGUCAGAUGAACUUUACCAUCGCCAUUGACUUCACAGGCUCCAACGGGGAUCCCAAGUCUCCAAAUUCCCUGCAUUACAUCAGCCCUCAAGGCUUUAAUGAAUACCUCGCAGCCAUUAUGGCUGUGGGCAAUGUCAUCCAAGACUAUGACAGUGAUAAGAUGUUCCCUGUUUUCGGCUUUGGAGCCCAGGUCCCUCCAACGUGGCAGGUCAGCCAUGAGUUUCCUGUCAACUUCAAUCCUUCAAACCCUUUUUGUGAAGGUAUAGCAGGUGUAGUCCAAGCCUACCAGCAGUGUUUGCCACAGGUGAAGCUCUACGGUCCCACCAACUUCUCCCCCAUCAUCAACCAUGUGGCUACUUUUGGCAGACAGGCAUUACAGCAGCAAAGUGCCUCACAAUACUUUGUGCUGCUCAUCAUCACCGAUGGAGUGAUCACAGACAUGGAUCAGACUCGCACCGCCAUCGUCCAGGCCUCGCGUCUGCCCAUGUCCAUCAUCAUCGUGGGAGUGGGCGGAGCCGACUUCAGCGCCAUGGAGUUCCUGGAUGGAGACGACAGCAUUUUGAAGUCAGACCUUGGUGAAGCUGCCAUGCGCGAUAUCGUCCAGUUUGUUCCAUUCAGACAGUUCCAAAGUGCAGGUACUGCUGCCCUUGCUCAAAGUGUCCUGGCAGAGUUACCCCAGCAGGUGGUAUCCUUCUUCAAUGCCUUCCACCUGAAGCCCCCCACUGAGCCCAGUCCUCCCUAGACAUGUGACAUCAACUUCCUGUUUACUGGGUGCUGGCUGUAGGUGCACUGUCUGGGAAGUGGAGUGGUGCCAGGCAUAUUUGACACCUAGCAGUCCUUCUCCAGACUUCACUCCAACUGAGGUAAUCACAGACACCUUGGGAAGAUGAUACAAUGAGUCAUGUUCUACACCUUGAUUAAAAACUAAUUUAAAGAAGUGUAUUGUGUAAACAUGCAGCAGGAACACCUCCAUCAAACAAUUGUUUGGUUGGCUGACAGUGUCAAUACUUCACAUAUCUGAAGUGUAACACACAACAUCUUUGUGCCGUAUCAUUUCAAAUGACUUCAUUCAAUGCUACAAUUAAAGGCCUACUGAAAUGAUUUUUUUAAAUUUAAACGGGGAUAGCAGAUCCAUUCUAUGUGUCAUACUUGAUCAUUUCGCGAUAUUGCCAUAUUUUUGCUGAAAGGAUUUAGUAGAGAAAAUCGACGAUAAAGUUGGCAACUUUUGCUCGCUGAUAAAAAAAAGCCUUGCCUGUAGCGGAAGUAGCGUGACGUCACAGGAGCUAGUAUUCCUCACAAUUCCCCGUUGUUUACAAUGGAGCGAGAGAGAUUCGGACCGAGAAAGUGACGAUUACCCCAUUAAUUUGAGCGAGGAUGAAAGAUUCGUGGAUGAGGAACGUUACAGUGAAGGACUUGAGAGGCAGUGAUGGACGUAUCUUUUUUCGCUCUGACCGUAACUUAGGUACAAGCUGGCUCAUUGGAUUCCACACUCUCUCCUUUUUCUAUUGUGGAUCACAGAUUUGUAUUUUAAACCACCUGGGAUACUAUAUCCUCUUGAAAAUGAGAGUCGAGAACGCGAAAUGGACAUUCAGUGCCUUUUAUCUCCACGACAAUACAUCGGCGAAAUGCUUUAGCUACGAGCUAACGUGAUAGCAUCUUGCUUUAACUGCAUAUAGAAACAAAAGAAAUAAACCCCUGACUGGAAGGAUAGAUAGAAAAUCAACAAUACUAUUACACCGUGGACAUGUAAAUACACGGUUAAUGCUUUCCAGGCUGGCGAAGGUUAACAAUGCUGUGCUAACGACGCCAUUGAAGCUAACUUAGCAACCGGACUGCACAGAGCUAUGCUAAAAACAUUAGCUCUCCACCUACGCCAGCCAGCCCUCAUUUGCUCAUCAACACCCGUGCUCACCUGCGUUCCAGCGAUCGGCAGAAGGACGAAGGACUUCACCCGAUUCGUUUGGCGGCCCGGAGACGUAGGAAGUCAAGGUGAGGUCGGCGGCUAGCGCGGCUAGUGCUCCAACAAAGUCCUCCUGGUUGUGUUGCUGUAGUCCGCUGCUAAUACACCGAUCCCACCUACAACUGUCUUCUUUGCAGCCUUCAUUGUUCAUUAAACAAAUUGCAAAAGAUGUCCAGAAUACUGUGGAAUUAUGAAAUGAAAACAGAGCUUUUUGUAUAGGAUUCUACGGGGUACCAUAACUUCCGUUACUCUGACUUCGUCACGCGCAUACGUCAUCAUACCGCGAUGUUUCAGCCGGAUAUUUCCCGGGAAUUUUAAAAUGUCCCUUUAUAAGUUAACCCGGCCGUAUUGGCAUGUGUUGCAAUGUUAAGAUUUCAUCAUUGAUAUAUAAACUAUCAGACUGCGUGGUCGCUAGUAGUGGCUUUCAGUAGGCCUUUAAGAAGAUUAAAGAUGAAUGUUCCAAUGCAGUAUUACUAACAUGGUCAAGGUGGGAAUAGAAUGAAGAGAUGGAUACAUAAGUCUGAGGAUUGCAUGUUUAUGAGGUGUAUUUUAAUGCUCAUAAUUAGGGAUGUCCGAUAAUGGCUUUUUGCCGAUAUUCCGAUAUUGUCCAACUCUUUAAUUACCGAUACCGAUAUCAACCGAUACCGAUAUCAACCGAUAUAUGCAGUCGUGGAAUUAACACAUUAUUAUGCCUAAUUUGGACAACCAUGUAUGGUGAAGAUAAGGUACUUUUUAAAAAAAAAAAUAAAAUAAGAUAACUAAAUUAAAAACAUUUUCUUGAAUAAAAAAGAAAGUACAACAAUAUAAAAACAGUUACAUAGAAACUAGUAAUUAAUGAAAAUUAGUAAAAUUAACUGGGAUAGUACUAUUAGUGGAGCAGCAGCACGCACAAUCAUGUGUGCUUACGGACUGUAUCCCUUGCAGACUGUAUUGAUAUAUAUUGAUAUAUAAUGUAGGAACCAGAAUAUUGAUAACAGAAAGAAAUUGGGGGAGGGAGGUUUUUUGGGUUGGUGCACUAAUUGUAAGUGUAUCUUGUGUUUUUUAUGUUGAUUUAAAAAAAAUAAAAUAAAAAAAUAAA